AUGCAUCAUGCCAAGUCCCAUCAGAAAAAGCCUCUGAUCUGGAGGAUUCACACAGGCGAAAAACCAUUUGUAUGUUCAGAGUGUGGAAAGGGCUUCAGGAGGAAGUCGCAUAUGUUGCGCCAUCGGCGAAUUCAUGGGGACAAACAACUCUUUCCGUGUCGGAAAUGUGGGAAAUGCUACGAUGAAAUGUCACAGCUAGAGAAACACCAGCGAGUACACAUGGGAGAAAAACCAUUCUCUUGCACUGAAUGUGGCAAGAAAUUUGCCAGCCAGAGCCUUCUAAAGUACCAUCUGAAAGUCCACGCAGGAGCUAAUGAGUGUGUCUGCUCAGAGUGUGGAAAAGAAUUCCCUAGCCGUUCGCAACUUGUUGAUCACUACCGGACUCAUACUGGAGAAAAACCUUACAUGUGCCCUGAUUGCGGAAAGUACUUUAGGCGGAAGGCACAUGUGGUCAGGCACCGCAAGAUUCACGCAGGUAAUAAACCAUACUCCUGCUUGGAAUGUGGAAAAUGCUUUGAGAACCAAGAACUUCUGAGCCGUCACACCAAAAUGCACAGGCGGAAAAGGCCACACUCGUGUUCUCAGUGUGGCAAAAGUUACACUAAAAAGUCCCACCUCUCCCGCCACCAGCGUACCCAUGCUAAAGAAACUCCAUACACUUGUGGUGAGUGUGGUGAGUCCUUCCAAUACCCCACCCUCCUGAAUCACCACUUGAAACUCCACACUGGUCAAACCAACUACAACUGUCCUGUGUGUGACAAAAGCUUUGGCUCCCAGUUGGCACUGGCCAGACACCAGAAGACCCACUCCAAGGAGAAGUCUUUUAUUUGCAUGGAUUGCGGGAAGAGUUUUAACUUCUAUUCCCACUUCAUGAGACAUCAAGCCACUCACACAGGAGAAAAACCUUAUGAGUGCCAGGAGUGUGGCAAGCGAUUCACCCGUGAUGCACACCUUGUCCGACAUAGGCGAACCCACAAUAGUGGAAGAGCUUCACAAGUUUGA